AUGCCAGAGAGAGAAACUGGGAUGUUGGACGUCGGCAAGCACUGCCAAUAUUGUCGGCAAAUCGACUUCUUGCCCUUCCAUUGUACGCUCUGCAAUUCAGACUUCUGCAGUGUGCACCGCACCCAGGAAGCUCAUCACUGCAAGGCACUUCUAGCCCCAGGUGCAGCCACUCCGGCGAGCAGAUCUCGCUCUUCGUCACAGGCCAAAGGUGAGCGUGAGGUAUACUUCAAGGCAUUACUCCCAGAUAAGGCUGCAGUGCGGGUCAAGCAGGAGACCUCAGAGAAGCCUGCACAGGGCACGUCCAUAAAGGAUCGACUUGUCCAACGCAACAGCACCAACGCAUUGGACAAAUUGAAACGCUUUUUUGCAAAGUACAGUUCGAAACGGAAAAACAUGAAUCUAUCUGCAUCAAACAAAGUAAUCCAGGUGGCUAAAAUAAAGCGCACGGCGAAGGGAGAUGACAAAAUCCCACAUCCAAAUCGUGUCUACAUAUGGUGCUAUUACAUAGAUGAAAGCAAUCCGAAAGAGCAUGAUAUCUUUAUCAAUAGGCAAUGGCCUUUGGGGCGAGUGUUGGAUUAUCUAAGCCACCACAUGGACGUGAAAAAUGUCAACCUUUCAGCACAUGCCGGAUCAGGUGAGAAACUUUAUCUUUACAAGAGGGUCAAGGAAAAUGAGUGGAAGAUGUUGGAUCCGUCUGGUAGAGUCAAUGGAAACAUAGAGGAAGGGGACGCUUUGUACUUAAUUCGCGGUAAUGAUAUGUGCCUCCUAAAGUAG